CCUGCAGACAAAUUGAAAUUUAUACACAAUGUUAAUGCGUACGUAUUGUAUCAUUUUGAUAAGUGCGGGGUUUUCGAUGAGUGGGGUAGAUAAUAAACAGCCUGCAGAUAAAGAAUGGUGGAAAACUACACUGGUUUAUCAAAUCUGGCCUAGAGGGUUUCAAGACAGUGAUGAUGAUGGCGAGGGUGAUUUGAAGGGCAUUAUUAGUCGACUCGACUACAUCAAGAGUCUCGGAAUCGAGACUAUUUGGAUAAAUCCUAUUUAUUCUUCCCCAUUCAUCGAUUCGGGAUAUGACGUCGACAAUUAUACGGACAUAAAUUUUAUCUUCGGGAACUUUGACGAUUUCGAUAAUUUAGUAAAAGAAGCACAUAAUAAAGAAUUAAAAAUCAUUCUGGACAUCAUUCCAAAUCAUUCCAGCGAUCGGCAUGAAUGGUUUCAGUUGUCGAUACGAAAUAUUGAGCCUUACAUUGACUAUUAUAUCUGGGCCAAUGGCAGUAUCGACAGUGAUAAUGAGAAAAUUCCACCGAACAACUGGAUGAGCACAUAUAUUGACGUACCAGGAUCUGCAUGGACAUGGCACGCAGGCAAAGAACAAUGGUACUAUCAUAAAUUUCACAGCUCUCAGCCGGAUCUUAAUUUGAGAAACGAGAAAGUUAUCAAAGAAUUAAUGAAUAUAUUUCAUUUUUGGCUGGACAAAAAUGUUGAUGGUUUUCAAAUUAACGCGGUGCCAUAUUUUUUCGAAGACGAAGCACUGAGAAAUGAAUUAGAAAAAGGUACUUAUACCUCUGGUCUUCCCGAAAGCACUGCUCUCCUUUACACAUUUCGUCAGUAUGUCGAUGACUGGGUAUCGACAAGAAAUAACACUACAUCAAAAUUAUUAAUCGCGGAAUCAUACGACUCUGAUGCUAAUUUAAUGGCCUAUUAUGGUAAUAGUACUCACAAAGGAAUCCCACCCUUCAAUUUUAAAUUCAUUACACAAAUUCAUAACAACAGUAACGCUAGCUAUAUCAAGCAAAUCUUGGAGGAAUGGAUCGAACGUCUGCCAGAAAAUACCAGCACCAAUUGGGUGCUUUCAAAUCAUGAUAAUUCGAGAGCAGCUUCGAGAAUCGGACUCAACCGAGUCGAUGGUCUUCACAUGCUUAGCCUUCUCUUGCCUGGACAAGCGUACACAUAUUAUGGUGACGAAAUAGCUAUGUUAGAUGCAAAGAUAUUGUGGAAUAAAACCAUCGAUCCUAUAGGAUGUGCCAGAGGCAUCGAAGAAUACGAAUUUUUUUCGAGAGAUCCAGCGAGAACUCCUAUGCAAUGGAAUUCCCAAACUUCAGCUGGUUUUUCUACAAAUAACAUUACAUAUCUGCCUGUUCAUCCUGCUUAUGUUCACAGAAAUGUGGAAGUACAAGAAAAUAAUGAAAAAAGCAACUUGAAAACAUACAGAAAGCUGGCUAGCUUGAGGAAGAAUCCAAUUUUUACAGAUGGAGAUUAUAAAUUUGCAAGUUUAAAUAAUGAUCGUGUAUUGGUACUAAAAAGGUUUUUGGAAAAUAAUCCAGUAUACAUUAUCCUAGUUAAUCUGGGUCUACAACAAGAAAUAGUUAAUUUGACUUCGUUAUAUCCGAAUUUGGAAGAUAUAUUGAAAAUUUAUGCAGCUUCUAGCAAUGCAAUUGAUAUUAUGGAUACUGUUCCACGAGAUAAUAUUAUAUUAUCGUUAAAUGCUGCAGUUGUAGUAACAGCAACGGAAGAAAACAAAAGUACUGACGAUCCUACCGCUAAUACUACAACUUCUUCCACGGAAAAUACAAGCACGGAAAAUACAAGCACGGAUAAAGAAGAGUUAGAACCGACAAAGGAGCCUAAUGCAGCAUCAAGUUUUACAUCUAUCUUUCUAUUAGUCACAAGUGCCAUUAUAACUGUAAUAGUAUCAUACAAAUUUCAGAAAUAAUGUGUAGGAGAUAAGAAUGUAUAAUUUGUAAAUAAACAGAACGAUAGAGAGAGAUACGAGGUUCCUAAUCAACUUAGUAUGAUAGCUAGAGUUCUUGAUAGCUAGGCAUAUUUGAUAGAUGUAAUCAGUAGAAGUCGGUGAAUUGCUUUAUCUUUAAGGAAACUUCCGAGAGAAAGACAUUGUUACUCGAUGCGAAAUAAUUUUGCUUUUAAAUAUUGAGAAAGAAAUAAAAUGCAAAUAGUCAACUAAACGUUUCUACGUGUGUUACUGUUAUCGUGUGUAUCGGGCAAGACAAUAUAGCAAUAUGAAACUUCAAGAAAAAAUUGCUUUUGCUCGACAAAAUCCUGUUUACGAGGCCAUUCCUCUAGUUGUUCUUCAUAAAGCGGAAAAGAAAAAGUGCAAUGAGAGGUUUAUGGUUCCGAGAGACGAUCUGACAUAUCACGUUUCUAGUCCAUCUUGGAUGAAAUGCCGCUUAUUAUUAUUUUGGAUAUUGUGGGCUGCAUUAAUAAUGGCAAUGAUAAUCUCUGUUCUCACUUUUUUUUGUCUUAUACCUCGAACGUGCCAUAAUUCAAAUACACAUAGAGAACAUGAACAUGAACAUAAGAACAUGAACAUGAACAGACAGUAAAUACAUCGUCUCCUGAAAUGCGGUGGGACUAUUACCUAAUUAUUAACAAUAUGCAAGAAGUAAUAUGUUUAGAUAGAAUAAAAAAGCAUUUAUAUAUAUAUAAUAUAAGAUAUUAUAAAUUGUACAUUUUUCCUACAUAUUGUUACAUCGGUAAUUUUGUAGCUGCUAAUAUAAUUUCUAAUUCUAACUGUAUUUACAAUAUUUUCUACAUUUUGUAUUUACCAUUACAAAAUUUUUA